AUGACGGCUACCAGUGAUUCUGAAUCGGCGAUUCAGGCUGUUACCAAAGAUGGCACGCGCCAGUCCGAAGGCGAAGCAACAAAAACGGCAUAUAUGGAAAGCACCAUAAAUCUGGCUUUGCUGGACCCCCCUCGAUGGGGAUGGACUGUAGCCGGUGGCAUCGCCGAUGUCUUGCCCCCACAUGAGCGAGCCCGACGUAAAUCUAGCAAGCGAGCCUUUUUACAAAUGAAAAGGAAGCGAAGUCGGAACGAAGCGAGUGCUGGAACGUCAAGCUUCGCGAAGAAGCAGGCUAUAGAUGGUGCAGAGGAUACUGGGAGGUCUUCGAAGCAAAUUAUUUCAACUGUCAUAUCGGCUUCCUCAUCAAGUCCAAGGCACGAAUCGAUGGAUGCGCUCACCGCUAAAGGAGAAGAGGCAGCCUCAAAAUUCACGACUUUUCCGGCGGAAAGUUUAAUAGCAACUACGAAAGAAAUUUUGUACGGUCAAGAAGAGAAGCAAAACGUGGAUAAGGGCACAACAGCAGAACAAACACAUGCCUCCGUCGACACAAUUAACGAAACCAUGAUACCAAGACGAUUUUCGGCACUGUGCAACGAUUCCGCAAGCGAAGUAGAUAUUUACACAUAUCAUAGAGGAAGAGAAGGUUUUGAAAUGCGUGUUGAGGAAACUGGGGAACUCAUGUGUGAUAUGGAACCGACGGACACGAACUAUACCUGGGACGAGCCAAAAUUGGUAGCCCAUGUGACUAUUUCGUUUGCAGUGGAGGAUGCCUUCGAUGAUCUAAACAGUGUCCAAUUGGGCAACGAGAUUGGUGACCAAAGAUAUUUUCGCGAAAAAAUAUCUUGGGACUUAACGGAUCCAGAAACUCCGACACCACUGGCAUUUGCAACGGAAGUAGCAGAGAACUUUGGAUUGAGUUUUGGGCAAACACUUGACUUGGAAAACUCGAUACAACGGCAGUUGCACUCUUUUGUGAAAGAAAAUUGCAGCUACGCGAUACCUACAGCUACAAAGGAAACGUUUGGACAAGUUCGAGAGGCGACUUCCUCCGCGACGAUUCCAACUUUGUACGGACAAGUAAAUGGAUUUCGAAGUGGUGGUCUACGUCUCCGAGGGGUACACAAAGCAAGGCCACCUUUACGAACAUCCUCUAUAAUUGGCAGAGGUUCGACUUUAGUUUUCAAUGAAAAGGGGGGUGUAGGGAAGUGUCCCACCAGAGACCGUGCAUCCGAGACAAAAGUGGAACAGAUCUAUGUGGACGAAGUCCGGCAGCGACUGCGUCAAUAUUUGGAACGUCAAGUGCGCGAGCAAUCAUCUAAACAAACGGACGACGCCGCAACAGUUACCAACAAGACUUAUGAAGGACAGAGUGUUUUACUGGGUGAAAGUAUAUGUCACCUGUGCGAUGAAGAAAAACCCGAAUGUGUGAGGUUUGCCUGUGGAGUCAAUGGUCAUUCGUACUGUGCGCAUCACUUCGAAGAAAACAUGCCGUUUCCAAUCAGUGAAUGGAUGGAACUUAAACAAGUUUACUGUCCAAUUUGCUCCUUGACUUGCACGUGUUCGAUCUGCAAGCAGACUGUUGCCUCCGUCGCGGCCGAGCUGAAACAACGGACGCUCGACCAAGAUCUCUCAGUCGAUAUGACUGUAUUUGAUGACAUUUUACAGGUUGUUGAAGAAUCAUGCCUUGACGUUAAAUCAAGGCUGCAACGCAAAAUUCGUGGUCGAGUCAAUGGGCGACGCCCGAAAGUUGGCAAAAUCCCACUUUCCGAUUUUCCCAGGGAAGUGUGCAACGGAGUCGACUUAGAUCCAGGGUCUAUGUUAGACUAUCGGACUGUAUAUACUCCAAAUGGCUUUUUCCUGAUCGACCAGGUCACAAGUGUCGACGACUUUGGUGAGAUUAUGCCCAAGGAAAAUGUGGCCACUUCGGCUGCUUCGUUGAUCGAGGACGGUAGCGUAGAUUACUGCAAUGUAUGUCGGAAUCACGGAAAUUUACUUUGUUGCGACUACUGCCCUCGUGCGUUUCACUCCGAAUGUAUACACGUCAAAGAUGAAGAGCUCGACUCAGAAGCUCCAUGGGAAUGCCCGGUUUGUCUGAAAGAGAAGAAAGGUUUGCCCAGUGACAAGAUAUCUGGUUCUAAGUCGUUAGCCCUCAUUUGCGCAGCUUAUGACGAUUUGGGUUGCAAUGUUGGAGGCAAAAGUAUCGAAAACUUGCGGACUCUAAGUAUUGUACACGAAAUGGUGAUCCAGCUCAUCGAUUAUGACUUCGGGUUUAUCUUUGGACAACCCGUUGACUCUAUCGCAGUACCUACCUAUUGCGAUAUUGUUGAGAACCCCAUUGAUUUGGGAACCAUUGCAUCCCGCCUCAUCAACGGAAGUUACAAGGGACGACUUGGCGAAAGAAAGGGGUCUCUGGAAGACACAGUACUGGCGGUUUUGAAAGACAUUGAGCUCGUUUGGCACAACUGCUUUAUUUUUAACUGUGAAGGGAGUGCAGUAUACCGAAUGGCCGAGGUUCAACGUCGGCGAUCGCAUAACAUUCGCCGCGAAAGCUUUAGCAACAAGUUGACAGACUAUGUUAGGACGGAAUUGGAGAAUUUCAUUCUUUCUUGUAAACGCCAUCGCUUGAUCAAUGCGAAGGGGAAGCCAGCGAGAAACAAAAUUUCUUCCAGUGAGCAAGGGCGACAUAAAAUCUCAGUCGCUGGGCGAAGCAGCAACGGGCGUCUCAUUGCCGUCCUCGAUCCGGAUACCGGGCAAGUAGUCAAGAUCUAUUCUACCGAGCAGGCAGCUAUAUUGGCAGUUCAACUCUUUUUGAAAAUGAAACAUGCACAUGAGUGGGAUGAUUUAUGCAACGACGUGAGUCAGCGUGUACGAAACAUUAUUAAGAGGAGUUCCAAUGAGCCGAAUGCCCUCCUUUUUGGGUAUCGAUGGUUAUACUUUGACGAGCUUAAAGAAAACAAAGUUACUUUGGGAGAAAUAAGCGCCUGUGAACUUCCUGUGAAAGCAAGGCCAACACCGUUGGACGACCCCAUUUUGAAGCUAAAUCAGCAAACAGCUCCUCUGGACAUUAUCGAGUUGAGAUACAAAUCGCACUCUUUCACAUUUCUCUCAGUUGAGCAGGCUCUGUCCCAUGUCGGCGGUACUUUCCCGCCACCAGACAGUCUACGAGAAAGGUUUGUUAAGCUGUAUCCUGGAGAAAAGUUUGUUGACGACAGCGGAGGAACGUGGCAUCGCCUACUGAUAAGGAAGGGGUUCAACCAGAAUCCGCAGGAGAUGGUUAGCGACCACGUUUUUCUUCCGCAGAGUGUUGCUUUUAUCAAAGUUGAUCUUGCUUCAGGAAGAACCUUAGUUGGGUUCCAUUCUAUUGCCUCUGCGUACGAGGACUGGUUACUGACCAUCGAGCAUUCUCCUGUCGUACAAGCAAAAGAGGAUAAGACGUUAAAAUCGUUCGCAAGUUCUUUUAUAAAUGGCGAUCGGCACGUUGCUGGUCUCGUUUGGAAAAGACGAAAAAAUCUUGUCGACAGGAAUGUUAAGAUAGACCUAAGCGGCUUUUCGAAAUCAGAGAACGAUGACCCCACCGAAGACUCUAAACCAUCGACUGAAAAUCCUUUGGAGGUUUCAAAGAAAACCAACGGCGGCCAAAUACUUGACAAUAUCGGAAUAGAGCUCUUUUCCGGUCACAGUCUGUCACCCAUUGUGUCUCAAAACGAGGACAAGGCCAAGCCAUCACCUUUGAAGGCAGACGUAGACACCACUAACUCCACAAACGACUAACGAAGGCAAUGACCGUGUCCACUUCAAUCGUUUUGAUGUAUCUCUGGACGUUGCCUAGUGUGGU